AUGAAGGUGAGGAACGUGGUGAGCUGGUCGACGCUGAUAUCUAGCUAUGGUGUCCAUGGCAUGGGAAAAGAAGCAUUGAGGAUUUAUGAUGAGAUGGUGUCCAGAGGGGUGAAGCCAAACUGCAUCACGUUCAUCUCGAUCCUGUCAAGUUGCAGCCACUCAGGGCUUGUGAAUGAUGGCCGGAGGAUCUUUGAGUCGAUGAGCAAGGUUCACGAUGUAGAGCCCACUGCUGACCACUAUGCAUGUAUGGUUGACCUCUUGGGGCGUGCUGGAGCCAUUGAAGAAGCUGUUGGAAUCAUAAGGAAGAUGCCUAUGGAGCCUGGUGCCAGUCUGUGGGGAGCGUUGCUCUCUGCUUGCGCUAUCCAUAAUAAUGUCGAUGUUGGAGAGGUUGCGGCUUAUAAGUUAUUUGAGUUAGAAGAAAGCAAUGCUAGCAACUAUGUUACUCUCUGUGGCAUAUAUGAUGCAAUUGGUCGGUCUGAUAGUGUUGCAGGCAUAAGGUCAAGGAUGAGAGAACUUGGCAUGGUGAAGACACCUGGUUGCAGUUGGGUUCAUGUGAAGGGAAGAGCCCAUGCCUUCUACCAGGGGUGCAUACCACGGUACUUGAGGAGACAGAUGCUAUGGGUUUUAGGUCAUUUACUUGAGGAUAUGGCUGCUUCAGAAUAUGAAGAUGAAUAUCUGAGCAUGUGCUAUGAGAUAAUUGGGUACUGA